CCGCCCAGCGCGUGCAAGCCCCGCCCAGCAAGGCGGUGGACGCCUCGAGUUUGAGUCCCCUCAGCGCCCGUAGUUCCCGAUCCACGACCGUUCCUCCGGGCUGUCCACGGGCCAUCACGCAUGCGUCGUUCCGUCGAAUGGGGGCCCUCCUCAUCCUGAUCGCCGCGGCAGGGGCGUUGGCCGCGGUCGUGGCCCUGCGGCUAUGGCUCGUGCUUCAUUCACAGGUCGCUGUGCCCCGGAAGUCUGUCAGCCUCCUGGUGGUGGCCGGGUCCGGCGGGCACACCACCGAGAUGCUGAGGCUGCUCGGGCACUUGUCCAGCGCCUACCGCCCCAGGCACUACGUCAUUGCCGACACGGACGAGUUCAGUGCCCAGAAGAUACACUCUUUCGAACAGAGCCGAGCUGAGAGAGACCCCGGUACCACGCGGCCCGAGUACCACAUCCACCGCAUCCCCCGGAGCCGCGAGGUCCAGCAGUCCUGGCUGUCCACGGUGUUCACCACCCUGCGCGCCGCCUGGCUCUCCUUUCCGCUGACCUACCGCCUGAAGCCAGACCUGGUGCUGUGCAACGGGCCGGGCACCUGCGUGCCGGUCUGCGCGUGCGCGCUGCUGCUGGGGCUGCUGGGCGUCAAGAAGGUGCUCCUGGUCUACGUGGAGAGCGUCUGCCGCGUGGAGCGCCUGUCCCUGUCCGGCGCCCUCCUGCGCCCCUUCUGCGACCACUUCCUGGUGCAGUGGCCCGCGCUGAAGGAGAAGCACCCCGGCGCCGUGUUCCUGGGGCGGCUCGUCUGACGGGCAGCGGCCGGCGCCCUCCGACCCCGCGGGGGC